CCCUUCCGCCUUUUCUCUCAUUCUUUUCGACGACGAUUAUUUCCCGCCUUCUUCUCAUCCUUUUUUCAGACGACGAUUAUCUCCGGGUUUUACAGAUUUGUGGAUAUUUUUCUGCACCAGUUAUGUCGGUUCAGGGGAUCCAUUCCUUGGGGAUGAUGGGGGAAUACCAGUCCCUUUGUAUACCACACAUGCAGGAGUUAGUCAUUUUACAAUAAGCUUAACUAAAUGAAGGGAACUCCUAACAGCAUAAAAGAAUAUGAACACAAUUUGGACUAACUUUGCUUGUAUGAGAGAAGCUAGAAAAGCUUUUCUUGCUCUUUCUGAAGAUGCAAAAGCACCUGUUGCGGGUCCCACUCAAGUUGAAGCUGAGGAUGACAUGGCAUCUGCUGCAGAACUCUCUACUGAUGGUGUUAGUCAGCUCCACAAAAGUACUCCAGUUUAUGUGCUAAAUCCAAAGCAGGAUAUGCAUGGUCUAGGCUACGAUCCAUUUAAAGGUGCUCCAGAAUUCAGGGAAAACAAAAGGUCGCAUUUACCUGGGAAUAAGGAAUCAGGCCACCAAAGAAAGAUGGCCUCUUCUCUUUCAAAAUUUUUUACCUAUUAAGGUAUUAUACAACAUUCAGACCAUUAUUUGAGAGUAUGUGUCCUUUGCGGGAAAGGCUGAAAGGAAGGGAUCACAUGGGGUUUGUGCUUAAAGACAUGAAGAAUUUUUGGAUCUGUUCUGAGAUUAUGCGUGUUGUUCUCAAACCUUCUGGAUGCAGAUUCAAUCGGUGACUUACGGUUUGCGUUUUCUUCUCUAUACUCCUGAGUUUGUCUUAAGUUGAUUCACUUUAAAGACUAAUUUUCGUUUUAGGAUAGUUUAAAUUUGCGCAUUUACUUUCGUUUCUCUCCUAUGCAAAAAUUUAGGGGGAGAAAUAAAAACAAAACAAAAAUUAGAAAAUAAAAAAAAUAUAAAAAAAUCAAAAAUAUGGUGUUAACGGAAUGUGAUUGAGGGAGAUGUUUUGGGAAGUGAUAUUAUCAAGUGAUAACAGGCAAUCUGAGUCUGCGUAACGUACCCGAAGUUGAAGGGUCUAUGCUCUGGUUUGAUGCGUCGGUAGGCACGAAAAUUUUUAAAUGGACAUGACUAGGCAGAGUUGAACUUAGGAAAUUUAUAGACUUGACAAAUCUUUACCUAGUUAGAUUCGUUCAGCCUGACAAUACGACGCUCGGAUAGGUUGAGCAGGGAGAUAUAUAUGGGAAUUUACUCGUCACAUUAAAUGAACCCGUACUUGGAACCGUGGUUUAACUUUUUCUCGAUGUGCGGAUUCUAUCCUUAAUUCCGGUUGGAUGGGGCGACUGGUAAAUUUUGAUAAAUUAGGUCUGUAGAAUAUCAUUUUCUUUCUUUCCGUCUGUUAGUCAUAUGUUGUCUACUUUGCGUGACUUCCAAUCCGACCUAGUACACAACAUAUGCAACUCUAUUUCUCUGCAGGCUAUAUAUAUAUAUAUAUAUAUAUAUAUAUAUAUAUAUAUAUAUAUAUAUAUAUAUAUAUAUAUAUAUAUAUAUGUGUGUGUGUGUGUGUGUGUGUGUGUGUGUGUAUGUGUGUGUGUGUGUGAAAUACUUCUUAUCUGUUAGCCAUAUGCUGUCUCCUUUGCGCGACUUCUAAUCCGACCUGGUACACAGCAUAUGCAACCUUCUUCUUCUCAACCCCUCUAAAGUAGUUAGCAAUAGAAUUCUGAAUCUCUUCUCUCUCUGAAUGGUUGUCUGCUCACCCGGUGUAAGGAGUACUCUGGAAGUUCUUGAUGGCUGGGGCAUAUCAGAAAGCGGGAAACACGUUCCAGUACACUUAAAAUUGAACUCAUACAGAUUGUCUCUAGAUCUCGCUGCUCAAUUUAGGUGGACAACAAUAUCGUUGGUCGUCGUCAGAUGAAUGGUCCUUAAGAUAUAAUAUCUAAGAAAUUAGGAUCAGAUAUAAUUUUUUAGGAACUUAAGUUCAGCUGUCUUGUAACAAAUAAUAUGUCCUAAAUUUGUCACAAUUUUUCGUGUUUAAGUAGACAACAAUACCGACGAUCGACCAGACAAAGAUGUGAAUAUGCAAGGUACCGACAAGUGGAUAAAUGUUGUCUAAAAACUUUGAUCCCAAAUCACUCUUAAAGUUAGAUAUCAUUUUUAUUUUUGUUAAAUUUGUCAUAGUUUCUUCUAAUUUAAAUAUUAGGGGAGAAUUAAAAAUUAAAAAUAAUAAAAAAAAAAUCAAAAAUCAAAGAAAAAUCAAAAAAAUUAAAAAUCCAAAAAUAGUGUUAUUUAUGUUUUAUUUCUGGUUCAGAAAAAUCAAAAAUCCAAAAAUAUUUUUGUUUCUAUUUUAAUUUGUAUGCUAAGUUUUCUUUUAGUUUUGUUUUGUCUUGAAAAGUGAUUUCAGGUGAAGAUGAAACUCAUGGAGUUUGUGUUGAAGAUUUCUAAGCCAAAGCCUCAUCCGUGAGCAUCGAAGAAUUCGCAUUCAAAGGAGCAAGAAAUGAAGAUCAUUUUUUCAACAUUCAAUUCUUCAACCCCAGAAGCAAGGUGAAUCUGUAACUGAAGAUUAUGUGACGGAUUGCAUUGAAGUCUCCUCAAUCAGUCUACUGCUAUUGUUGUACUUGCUGAAGUGAUCUAGAAGAUUUGUUCCCUCGGAUGUUCUCUCUGAAGAUUCUCAAGCUGAAAACGUUAUCUUUCAAGAAUCAGUACGUCAAGCCUCCUCACCCAAUGUGCGUUCAAUGCCAAACUGCUCAAGAUGAAGUCAUUCAUUGAAGAUAAAUGCUGAAGCCAAUCUCUCAUUGAAGAUUAAUAAGAAGAGCCAGCUACUUUUUAGGGGGAGCUUGUUGGGUCAUUAAGAAAAGAAAACUAUAAACCAAGGGGGAGAUUGUUGGGUCAAAAUAUGGUUUAUACUUUACUUUUCUAGGCAGUUGUAUUUUUCUAUAAUAUUUGUGAAUUUAUGGUCUUGUUUAUGGCUGAGUUUACGGCCGUAAACUCAUUUACGACCCAUUUGUUUCUGGCCCAUAUUCCAAGUAUAAAUAGAGGUGUUAGGGUGAGGAGUAGAGAUUGAUGAACCCUAAGGAGUUUACGACCAGAGAGAAAGGAACGUUUGUGUGGAUGAAUCUUGUGUAAGGAACUUAAUUCAUAUUAUCAAUACAUUUAAGAUUCAUAUUA